CUCUCUUUUAUAAAUAGUCUUUUCAGUUUCGAUCGUGAACACAAUGAUUGAAGAUCAUCCAUCUACUGUCUCGCCAUUAUUAUUUGUGAAUUUCUAGAAAGGACUAUCGACUGCAAAAAAAGUUCUAGUAUUGCAAGUUAAAGUGAAAAUAUAAAGACUUUUCUUUCUUUUUUUUCAAAGAAAUAUCUUAAUAGAAAUAUUAAAAAAAAAAAUGGUUGAGUUGAAUAUAUCAUUUGUAUCAGUGGAUUUUGAAGUAUUCGGACAUGUUCAAGGAUGUGGCUUUACAAAACACUGCCGUGAUAUGUGUGUUAAGCGAAAAAUUGGUGGAUGGGUAAAAAACUCCAAGACAGGCACAAUUGUAGGGAAAAUGCAGGGCAGCAAGGAAUCCAUCGAUGAAAUGACAGAUUGGCUGACGAACACCGGAUCACCCGGAUGCAAAAUAGAAAGAUGCGAGUUCAAAAAUUGGCUAACCUUGCUUCGACCCGACUACCGGGACUUUGCAAUUAGGUUCUAAGAAUACACAAUUAUACAAAUUUUAAUCAAUUUCUUCUAUUUUUAAUCACCAAGUGCUAAAAAAAGCUCCUGUUAUCUUUGCAAAAUAAAAUCAACCAAAGCAAAACAUAGCAACAUAACCUCAAAUUCAAACAUCAAUCAUUCACUCAGCAAUUUGAUGAUUUCAAUCGUUCAGCUACAUCAAGGGUCAUAGUGCACCAUGUACUUACCAACUCUGUAGCAAUAAAAGGCUUUUUUGAUGUUUCAAUAAAGGUAUUUCACAAAAUAUUCCACAAAACACAAA